UCCUAUUUUCCUCAUAGAUGGGAAAGUUGCCUGCCACACCGAACCAGCCGAGCUCAUUUAAUUCUGGCCCAGCAUGCUCAAUAGCCAGGAGAGGGUGAGCUGCUUCAAUCAGACGUCACUCGCCAGCUACAAGGGCAGCAGGAACGGCAGCAUUAUUUCAGUUGCUUUGUUGCAGAGUAGGCAAUGAAAAGACACAUCCUCGGUGUCCACGGACUGAAAAUCCUGUGCGCAGAAGUAAUCUUCAAGCCUAUCAGUAGGGCAGGGAGCAGCUAGUCACAUCUCAUUUGAGGCAUUUUUCAGAGAGACACACUUCAGCACCAUCACAAAGAGGGGAAAAACAACAAUGAAACUUCAUCUGCAGCUGCAGUUAAGUCUGUCCCUACUUUCUCUGUCCAUCUUUUCCAGAAGAGACUGAGAUUUUUGUGAAGCAAAGGAGUGGUUUCAGAAGAAAUGAGGGCAGGAGGCUCAUCCAGGCAGUGGUCUUACCCUUCCCAUGGAGAGCUUGCCCUGCUGCAGCUCUGUCUUGAGGACACCACUCCCCAGCACAGGUGCCAGUCAGGUGGAGGAGACCCAUCCCAACUGGAGCUGUGAGGGCAGAAAACAGUUUUGCUGUGUCUCAUCCAUCCCGUGUGUCAGAGUUACUCUGAAAUCGUGAUGUGAAACCACAUGAAGGCUGAGAAAAGAUGCAAUGAUGACUCUGAAGGUUCAGAUUCUGUUUGGCUUCCUCUGGUGUAUGAUUUUAAUGAGUAUAGAUGGCUUCCCAGUAGACAGCAAUACUGAAUUUCGCUCUGCUUUCUCAGUGGCCAGAACCAGCAGCAUGGAAGGGAGCUCUGAGAUGGUCAUUACUUUUGACAAAGUGUAUGUGAACAUUGGCAAUGACUUUGAUCCCAAGACUGGGCUGUUCCGGUGUCGUAUUCCUGGAGCCUACUACUUCUCUUUCACAGUUGGGAAAUACCCAAAGAAAAACUUGUCUGUCAUGCUGAUGAGAAACAAGAAUGAAGUGCAAGUGAUUGUGUAUGAUGAACAUCACCGCAAGGAACGGAAGGUAGCCAGCCAGAGUGCCAUGCUGCAGCUUGACUAUGGUGACACAGUCUGGCUGCGUUUACAUGGAGACCCCAAGUACGCUCUUUACAGCAAUGUAGGCCCCUAUACAACUUUCAAUGGCUAUCUAAUCUAUCCAGACACUUCUGCCUUCUUCCAGAACGCUCUCAGCUCUCAAGAGCUGGGGCCUCACCGUCACAGUGUUCAGAAACUUCCAGGAGAGCAGAAUGUAGCUUCACAGCGACACAUGUUAUCCGAUCAGCCAAAGAAGGAGCAAGACCCUCGCUCUGCGUUUUCUGUUGCCCGUUCACAAAGUCUCCUGGGCACAGAUGGCAAGCAAACCCAGCAUGAGCCGAUCACAUUUGACACGGAGUUCGUGAAUAUUGGGAAAGAUUUCAAUUCCUCCACUGGCAUCUUCUCAUGCCGUAUACCUGGUGCAUACUAUUUCUCCUUCACCAUUGGCAAAAUGCCCUUUAAGACUAUGUCAGUGAAACUUAUGAAGAACCACAAUGAGGUGCAGGCCAUGAUCUAUGAUGACAACCACUCCAAGAGGCGAGAGAUGCAGAGCCAGAGUAUCAUGCUGCCUCUGCAGUACGGGGACACCGUCUGGCUCUACAGCCAUCAGCAUGAUGGCUAUGGUGCCUACAGCAACCAUGGCAAGUACAUCACCUUCACAGGCUUCCUGGUCUAUUCGGAGCCUCAGUCAAAGCGGCUCCCAGGUGCCAGCUCACUCCAAGGGUCAGAAAAUUAAAUGUGGAUGUGAAAGGAGCAUAAGAAAAGCCAGGGUGCCACGAACUUGGGUAUAGCUCCUCUUUGGAUAUAGCCCUCUACUUUGAGCAUGCUAUCAUGUGUACAGUGCUUUCUUUAUGCUGCACGCUUGUUCCCUGACUGCAGGGCUAUUGCUGUGUCUGUCAUUCAUCCAUAGAAAUGUUUGUACAGGAUGUAUAUGUGAGUCCCGUGUUGGUGUUUGAUUUAAGCAUAAAGCAUGAGGUAGUUUUGGGGCGGGGGGGGGGCAAUGUAGUGAAAUGCUGAGGAUCAGGGAAACACUGCAGUCAUGUUACUGCAGAUCUCUAGCAUCCAGAAAGCAAAGGGUGUGGUGACUUUCCUUGCAUAUGUGAGAAGGAAAUAAAUGUAAUGAAAUUGAAUGUAAUAAAAAAUACAAAAGGUGUAAAA